AUGCAAUCAAAGUAUGAUAUUACAGACUACGAGCAAGUGCUGAGAUUGAUGAGGGAGAAAGAAGCAGAGGAGGAUUUGAAAAACAACAUUAUAGGAAAAGUCCGAUAACGAAUAAAGCCUGGAUUUCGAAGAAGGUACAGUUUAGACUCAAAUGAAAAUGCAAACCACAAUGACUCUACUAGAAUCACACGUUCGUCGUUCAAAAUGAAUGAUUCAAAGCAAUUGGUGUAGACUAGAUAGGGAUUAAGAACAGAGAAUAUAAGUCCAAGACAUUAAGUGUCCCCAGUUAACAAGGAAAAAUAGAAUCGUAUACUCAUUUACAACAAGAUGGCUCAAGAGUAUGAUGCUUAUCCCAACAGAAAAAUAAUCCACUAUCGAUAAAAAUUGGAAGCUCGAUCUACAAAAUUAGAAUGCCAGCAGAGAGGCUAUUUUCUUUAAAAUGAAAUAGAGGUUAGCAGUAAACCAGUAUUGAGUGUUAUCAAUAAAACAUUAUAGAAUUUGCAGCUAAAUCAAAGCAAGGAAAAUCAUUAGAAAAAGCUUACAUCUCUCUAAGUCAAUAAAAUUGUCCUUAAGGCUCUUGAUAUAGACUAGAAUCCACGAAAAUAUCUAUAUUAUGAGAGAUUUAAGAAGAAUCCAAUAACGAAAUAUGGAUCUAACGAUGAAGAGUAUGAUGGUUAUGUAAUCUAAUAGAGAAAAGAUAAUAAUAGCCAAACUAAAAUUUUGAAACUCUCAGAAAAGAAGAAAUUGCAGAGAAAUCUAUUGAAGAAGAAAAAAAGAAAAGAGCAAGAUGAACUGCUAUAAAUGUCAAAAUCCUUAGAAUUAAGCACAGAGUAUGAUUAUGAAGGCUAAGAAAUAUCAAAGAAUAAAAUUUUUGACUAAUAUCUAGAGCCAUAACUUGAUAUCAAUAAGACAUUUCAUAGUACUUUGAGAAACUCUACUCAACAGCCAUUAAAUAAUAGUAUAGAGGAAAAGAAAAAUUAAUUAAUUGGGAAUUUCACUUAGAGAGAUCCUCAAGUAAGAGAUUUUUCAAGGAAGCCUAAGACUUCUUUCAAGCUUGACAGCCAUAGAGAUUCUAUGAUUGGUUCUAAAUAUGGUAUUUAGCCUACUAGUUUUUCACUGUAUCCCUUUGGAGCUUAGCUUGAUCUUGACCAAAUCAAAGAAAGAAAAAGAAAAGAACUACUCUCCAGAAUCGGCCACCCUGGCAAAUAUUACAAAAUUGCAUUCCAGCAGAUUGAAGAAAAAGUUUUGCAAGAGUUAAAACAUCAUAGACCUUAAACAUUUGAGACUGGCUUCCGGUAACCGAGAUCUAUCUCAACAGUAAAGUAGCAGAGGUCUAAAUUUAUUGAACCUAGAAUUUCUAACCCUUAAAAGAACUAAACGUCAACUAGAGAAGAAUUGAAGUAACCUAAUUAUAAAGAUUUAUUAGCGAAUCUGACUGAGUAGCAAAGUUUUCUAGAAGAUGUUAAGCAGAAAGAGAGAUACAAAGUUGAUCUUGAGAUCUAAAGCAUAAAUUUAAAUUAAGCUUUUGCUAAAGUUGAUGAAAAUUCUUAUACACAUAAACUGACCAAAUUUAUGGUCAGAAAGUCUAGCAAGAAAAUUACUUCUAAUGAGAGAGCAUAACCCAUCCGAAACGAUUUUUGA